CAGGCGGAGUGUGAUGAAUCGAUACAGAUACAAGGAUGGGUAGAGCUGGGCAAAAAAUAAAGGAGCCACGAAAGACAUGGUCGAUCGCGAUCAUCGAUAGGGUUCAUCCCCACCAUGAAAGAAUUCAAUCUUAUUCGAGUUGCUUCCCUUGACUCGAUGGAUUUGACCUUUGACUUGUUGCAAGACAAGUUGAAACAUUUGCUGGACUGCUAACAACAUCACACACCACCUGAAGUGAAGUGAUAGUACUAGUGACGAUUCCCACGGUCAUUGUGGUAGAGGCAAGAUUAAAAGUAAUCAACCGAAACCAUGGAUACAGAAAAAAAUUUGGUUGUUAUGGCAACUGAAGCAUUACAAGCUCAAACACGUCUGACUCAUAAAUUACCCAGAUCAUCCAAAGUUCAUGAAAAAGCUUGUGAGACUUUAGACAAUCUGAGAGAAAUCAAGGCCGAACUGGAUGGUUCAAAUGUGAACUUUGACUACCCACAAAUAAAGCGAGACCAGUUUACGGAGUUUCGUCAGCUGACACUAAUGCAUUUGCCAUCAUCUGUGACAGAGGAGGUCAAGGUCAAGUUUAACGGUUUUGUCAACCAUGCAUUGAAAGGUUCCUGCCGAAAAGUUUUGAGUGUGACCUUGGUAACCUGCCCUUGGUAUCAAGUUACACAGCAAGAAAGAGGUGAAAUGGCGAGACAUAAUGUGAUAUUCAUCGUAUAUCUGUCACAUGACCACCAGUAUCUAGCACCGACCAAUCACCACGACCAGGAGAAAGCCUUUGUUAUAGAUGAGGGCUGGUUAUACGCUGUAGAAUUGUACCAUUUUCUCCACUUCCUGUCUCGAGGAAGGACAAGAUGUAUCGAAGUUCUGUACGCCCCGAAAUCUGCUGUUUUGUAUGAGAGCGAGGCUUGGGCAAAUCUACGAAGCUUAUUGGAUUAUAAAGAUCUUAUGGGGUUACAAGGGUCUGUGUUUUCCUGUCAAGGUCAGUGUACUGGGAAGAUUGGAAAGAAAACUUCCAAGAAAGGACCAUUUAGACUGAAGGAAACAGCAACAUUCCAGGACUUCUGUAAUAGUUUUAGGUUGAUUCAUCAUCUCUAUAAUUUGAUGUCAGGAUUACCUCCCCUGACAGACAUCUUCACUAUGGAAGAUCUUCCAGCAUUGGCUAGAGAAGGUGCUGAGAUGCUUCAGAAACUGUACAGGGAUCAUGACACAUCUAAACGUGACAUUUUCGACAUUGUCAUGAAAUGGAAUGAGGAAGUAAUGGGUCAGCUCUCCAAAUUUAAAUAUACCGACGCAAGCAAGAUUGAACGAAUCCUCGAGAAUUGGCAAGUUGAGGUUCGUCUGGAGGGCAGGCAACUUGUACAGCAGGCUCUCUCUGACAACCACACCAGUCUGGUAACAGUAAUGGAGAAAAUUGGUGGACCUGUUGGAAAAUUGGAGCCGAGCCAAAUCGUACUGGUCGCCAGGGCAGGAAGUCACAUGUACGGACUAUCAACACCGGAGAGUGAUGUUGAUUACAUAGUCAUAUUUGCAGAGAAAACGGAGGCAGUGCUUGGAACCUGUAAGGCCCUGAAGGACAUUUACGAGAGUCGAGGUCCCACCAAGGACUUUGAGUAUGGAGCCUACGAGGCCAAAGUGUUCUGUGAAAUGGUACUGAAGGGAAGUGUGGUCAUACUGGAGCUGCUGUUUGCUGAAGGCCACGAGUACUCCAGUCCACUGUGGAAGGCAUUAAGUGAGAAGAGGAAAGCAUUCCUGACCGAGACAGGUAUCCAGCAAUUCCUUGGUCUGAUAAAAAACAACUUCCAUCUAUUAAACAACGAAAAACAUAGAGGCACCCCAAGAGACCGUAAACUGUUUUAUCAGAUAUUCCACAAGAUGGACAGUAUCCGUUACAUGAUGCGAGGUGACGUGCCACCGAUUCGCUGUACUGGGGAUGUAAAGGACUACAUCAUGAGGAUACGCACCCAGCCACUCGAAGGGGAUCUAGACAGAGAUGUAUUGAGCCAAACAGCCAACCAGAAAUUUGAGGAGUUACAACUUGAACUUGGAGCUCGUGCAGAACGUCUAAAGGAAAAGAUGGAAUUCACCCUGAUGUUGGAUUGGCUGUUGUCUGUACGCGGUAUAGAAGACAGGCGGUAGUAAUCAUCUGUCUCAUCAAUAGACAAAGGUUUUUCUUGAUAGUUAAGGAAACCGGCAGGAUCACAUUUCCAUUAAUUCAAGGUCACACAAAUAAACUUUGCCAAAAUAUAUCAAAACUCAGGGGAUCAUAGGCCCAGGGACCUCUGGUAAGUAAGCCUAUCACAAUCACCAUUUGUUUUUCAAUCACUUGGAAUUAGGUGGAAGGUUUUAUGAUAUGUUUAUUGAAUUUUUUUGUUUUUGUUUUGGUAAACUGGUCAAUUUUCUUAUUUGAAUUUUUUGAAGAUAUAUUUCUUUUUAUUUCAAAUGCAAUUUUAUUUUACAUUCAACUUUUCAAUCUUGUAAAUUUGGACAUUUUUGUGCCCUAAAUGUUGUUAUUAAGCCUUUUUAAGACUUAUAAACAUAGUUUUAUUAAUAGAUUUUGUAUGUAUAAUAAUUGAUAAAGUAAAAAUUCUUGAAAACCAAAACCAUAUCCUUAAAUGAAAUAUAGUGAACAAAAUUCCUGCAUUAGGGGUAUAAAAUGUAAGCUAUAAGUCAGUUUUCUAUAAAACAUUCUGAACAAAUAUAUCACUGUCAAUGUUCAGUGGUCAAAGGAACAAGGGUCUCUUAUCAGAGUGUUAUUGUAUCUGUCCACUGCUUAUCGCCACCCAGUUGUUCAAAACUUUGAAGCUUGCAAUGUUGUUACUAUAAUAGUCAUAAACUUCUAAUUCUGCAGUAGUUAACAUCUAUGGUUAAUUUUGGUGCUCAGAAAUAUUAAACAGUCAUUAGCUUACCCUAGAGUUAUUUUGGCAGUUUCUCCCACAAUGCAAUUGAGAAAUGUACACUUCCUGCAUUUCUCGACCCAGUGUUGCAGUGACAGGGGACUGUUGUAUGUUAUCAAAUUUGUUGGUAUCUUUUUUUCGUGGGAUUUUCCGUUUCUAAGAUUCAUAACUGUUGUUGUUACUGCCUUGAGUGAAAUCUAAUUCGUCAAAUAUGACAUCUCUGGUGACGUCAUCAGAUACGUCAAUAUUAACAUAACAAGAAUUCACUAACUGCUUAAAGUGAUAAUUUUUUCCACAUAAACAUUUUCGAGUACUGAGCUUAUUCAGGAUUGUAUUUUCAUGAGAACACAAGCCUUUCGUCAUCGUGAUUCAAAUAUUGCCUUUUUAUGCUUCCGCCAUGAAAUUUGGGGGCAUAUAAUGUAACCCAUGUCCGUCCUAUCCUGCCGUGUCGUGUCGUGUCGUGUCGUGUCGUGUCGUGUCGUGCCGUGUCGUGUCGCGUCGCAUCGCAUCGCAUCGCAUCCCCUUCAUCAUUAAACUAUGGCUUGUCAUCAUUGGCCUUAUCUUUCAGAAAAUUUACAUUAACUUGAGUUUUUCCGGAUAUAUCAUCCACAACGACCCUUUGGAAUGGCUCCAUCAAAUACUGUAAUUCUUGAGUAAACUUUUCUGUACAAGUAUCAGUUGUUUCCCGAUUUACUUCUCCUGUGAUCAUGACAUUAUCCUUUAAUUUAUCAGAGUUGACAUUCAAAGAUUCAAUAAAUUGAUGCUUAAAAUCGUAAUUCCAUACUAUUGUAAUCAUCUUUAUAGGAAGUUGCCUCUAUGGGUGGUUGUUUAACAAAAAGUUCUACAUGUAACGGUGCUGGUCAGAAAACUUGUAAAACUACCACCAAUAAACUGUUUGACCAAAUCGAAUAGAGUGAAGGGCAUUAACUUGUAAUCUAUUUCUCUAAUUUCAUUUGAACCAUAACAAGUAAAGUCACGAGAAGCAGACCAAACAGAAUCUAUGGCAAGCCGUUUUAACAUUUAAUCCCAUUUCCUCUUAAGGUAAAAUAUGCUUCAAAUUUAUUUCACUUAAGUGAAAUACUUUUUACCUUAAGGUUAAAAGACUUUUUUUGCAUUAUGUUUUAUUUCACUUAAGUGAAAAAGAAUUUCACUUAAGUGAAAUAAAUCUUAUUCAUCUUAAGGGAAAAUCUUUUUCACUUAAGUGAAAUAAAACAUAAUGCAAAUGCUGCUGUUGAGUAAAUCGGACACCCACUCUCAUGAAUCAGAUAUGGACUAGUCCAUCUAUUGACCAAGCAGUGGGUGUUUAAUUUCUGACCAAUUCGAGACCUUUUCUCUACUUCAUUUGUUGUUAGUAAAAUCAAUACUAUUUCCCAUAUGAUUUACUUUCACUUAUGUUUUAAUUCCAUUAAAUAUGUUUUAUUUAUUUCCCUUAUGAUAAGUGAUAAGAACGUAUCAAAGUUAAAGUUUACUCACACUGUUUCUUAGUUGACAGGUCCAAUGGGUUCAUUCCAUUAUACCAUGGGGUGGAUAGGAGGACAGAGUGACUUUAUGGACAUAUGGUCAGUUUUAUUUACCUUAAGAUGAAAAGAAUUUCACUUCAGGGACAAGUAUUUUGCAUUAUGUCUGCACAUAAUUUUUUUCACUUAAGUGAAAUUCUUUUCGUCUUAAGGGAUUUUAACAUUUAUUUGCAUUAUGUUUUAUUUCACUUAAGUGAAAUUCUUUUCACCUUAAGGUGAAUAAAUUAUUUGCAUUAUGUUUUUUUCACUUAAGUGAAAUUCCUUUUUCACUUAAAUGAAAAAAUAUCCCCUUAAGAGGAAAUGGGAUUAAAUGUUAAAACGGCUUGCCAUAAGAAUCUCUGCCAUUUCCGACCAGUAGAUUUAAAUUAAUUAAUAAACCUAUUACCAAAACCAUUUACAAAUGGAGCUCGAUUGACCUGAAAUCAUUUUUAUCCGAAUGCUAGAUCGUCAUUGGUUACAGCACAGGUGCCUGACUCGUAUUAUAAAAUAACAGAUAAGAUUACAUAUAAAUGAGAUGUACUCUUAUAUAUUAUCAUUUGAUAAAACGGGCACCUCUGGUUACAGAAUGAUCACUGGAUAUCCAGCAUUCGCAAACAAAUUCAAUAUCUUACGACAAGAUGUAACUUUUUAAAUUCGUGCUCAUUAAGCUUUUUAUCAAAUUCACCAUUUAUAUUCCUUGAUAAAGUCACUAUCGAGAACGGACUGUCUAUAUAUCGACUCCUAUCCUAACACUCCUAUCUUGGAGUGGAAGAUUUCCGUCUCCUCUUAUUAUCGGGGCGACUAGUUGUCUGAGUAGUUGCCAGCGCAUCGUGGUAUUGGGGGCCGUUUCGGCAUUCCUUCCAGCAUUUCGAUCGUGAUUGCCUUUGUCCGUGGAAUCAUCGGUUUUUGUACAUAUGUAUAUAGGUUAUCUUCGAUAUAAAGUUUGUCGCAAACUAGACGAGUGUUGUGACCACUAGCCUUGGCCUGCUUCCUAACAGGACACAGGUUGCGAGUAUGUUUUCAAUUUCAGCAGGAAACUGCUCAUUUAUGCCAAACUAAGAACCAUGUUGCUUGUUAGCCCGAUUUAGAACGUACUCCAACUCCAUUUGAUAAAGAGAACGUGAAACUAUUGGACGUAGUUUACCAUUCCUGGAUCGACCAAACUGUAUACGUUAUCGAAUUCAACGUGGAAGUCGACACCUAGUUCAGCAUGUACAAAAUGUCGCAAGAGCGCUUCUGUGUCCUCAUCUCUCUGAUCACAGCGCAAGUCAUCAAAUGUUAGAUUGUUUUUUCAAUCGAUCGACAACUAAUAUCGAGAAUAUCUUCGUUCAUGCAGAGACAUAUAUCUCAGAUUUUCAAUAUUGGUCCUCAUUGAACAUGACUCGGUCUCGGAUCUCACAGAAGUUUUGAUGACUUUUAUUUCAUUAUUCACAGAAUCAUGCUUAUCGCUAAGUAAUUCACAUUAAAAUAGAAACAUUGUACCCCCCUCCCCGUGAUUUUAGUUGAAUGUAAGGCUUUACUAUGCCCUGCUAAUCGUUAAUUGUUUGCAAAUCAGAUCUCAAAAAAAAAAAAAAUAAAUAAA